AUGAAUGAACAAUUCUGCAUUGCGAAGCUUGGUGAUUUUGUACAACUUGUAAACUUUCAAAAAGCUUUCAUGCUGGUUUUCUGUCUUUUAAACUUCGUGUUUUCCUUAGUGGCGACGCUUGGGAAUAUGUUACUUAUUCGUGCCCUUGUAAAGGCCUCAUCGAUACCAAUCAUCGUCAAGAAGCUGUUCCUAAAUCUGGCUAUUUCUGAUCUUGCUGUAGGAUUGUUGGUGCAGCUAAUGGCGGGUAUCAUCUCUGCUGUGAUGUUGAAUAUGGCAUCAAAAGGAGACUACAACUUGACGCCAUUCUGUCCAGUAGUUUUAAAUGUUUAUAGCUAUGUUUUGUUCCUUCUCGGCACUGCAUCUUUCCUAACUGUCACUACUAUUGCUAUUGACAGACUUUUCGCCAUUUCUCUCCACCUGCGAUAUCAGGAGCUUAUCACACCCAAACGUGUUACCAUAGUGUUGAUAUCUUUAUGGUUAAUAAGUUGUAUCACUGCCUUCAUAUACAUUCUCCUUCCGGAAAGGAAUGAAAUGUCAGCUGCGGUUAUUUCACUGAUAGGAUAUGUUCUGACAACAGUGGCUUAUGUUCGUAUUGACAAAGUUGUCAAAUAUCACCAGAAUCAGAUAUACAGUCAAAAUCAGCUUCAAGUUGAACAAAAAAAGGAGGAAAUCCGACAAAAGAAGUCCGCCUAUAACGCUUUAUUUGUCUAUCUUGUUUUUCUAGCUUGUUAUCUUCCUUUUUUGCCUUCUACAAUAUUGUAUUUGACAAAUACUUCUGAAAUUUCGUUUCUCGUAGUUCAAGGUGUGUCGAUAUUCUUGAUUUGCCUGAAUUCAUCACUAAAUCCCCUCCUUUAUUGCUGGCGGUACCGAGAGAUUCGCGAAAUUGUUAAAAACACAGUGAAAAGAUUAUUUUCCAUGGACGAGAACAUGACAUAACAAAAGACCUCAAGUUCAGAAUACCUUAAUGGUACUUAAUUUCGCGAUUUUGGCAAGACAGUAUUUCGCGGGGUUCUAUUUUCCCGAUUUCAUUAGGCAAAUAUGAAAAAGGGCAUUAAAUUUCGCGAUUCAAGUGUUCUCAACUAGAGUUUAGUUUUCAAUCUUCUGAACAUUUUGAAAUAUCAACAUAAAAUGAAACAAGCAAAAUGCAUAUUAACGAUAUUUCAGAAGAACAAAGUCACGGAAUGGAACGUACCUGUAAAACCAACAGAUAACUUGUCGGUAUUUGUCAACACAUAUAUCAGGCAAAGUGUAUGUUAGUAAAGUGUAGUUAUUAAAUGUUUUGUUUCUUUCUGUGAUUUGAAUUUUCUAUAUGGGUAUUAAAUUUCGCGAGGAUUUUUAUUUGCGGGUCUUUAAUUUCGCGACUUUUCCACAAUCGCGAAAAACGAGAAAUUGAAGACCCGCGACAUUAUAUAUAAGUGGCAAUGAAGUAAUUUUAUUUAAGAGCGUAAUGCGAACUCAUGUCUAUUUUAAAAGGCUUGAGUCAACCACGAAUUCAGUGGGUUUUGAUUCAGGGAAAAAGAUUCUUCUCAUCGUUGUGAAACCUGGCAAGCAGGUUCCUUUCCACGUUUACAUUCAUUUGAUGAGCUUUUCAACUUUAACAAUAACUUAUUUAUUUAUUUAUUUAUAUAGCGCUCAUAUCCUGAGCUCAUGACGCUUAAAGCCUCAGUCGCGAGACUCACCUUCGCCUUGUAACGGACCAAAAUGUUUAACUGAAAAUGGUGAAUACUUAGUCAACCUGUAUUCGCCUUAUUUUAUCGUUUUUCUAUGGCUCCUAGUAAGGGCUGUAGAAUGCCCCUUUGAACCACGUCCAUGUGUUAUCGGAAACCGUCAGUUAAGUACAACAGGUCACGUGACUUAACAAAUAUACUUAAAACUGAUAAGGUAUAGAAUGAAUUCCCCAUUAAAAGGCGGAAUCGUGUUGAGAAGGGUUAAGGCCAAUUUGACAGCGAAAAGUUUCGAAUUUGUAAAGUGGAAAAUAAUGUACCCCAUUUGAAGGAACACGUUUUGUGGCCUCAUCAGAAGCAGGAAAUCACGUGACUGUAUAUGUCACUUUUUUUCUAUUAUACACGUUAAAGGUUAAUUCUUCUCACUUUCACGACUAAAACGAACUUAUUCUGACGAGGUGCAAGCAUGAUGUCUUAAAACUCUGCUGGGGGUUCUCUAUAUUAAAAAAUCCAAGCCUUAACUAGCCUUCUACGCCUGCGUGGGAGGCUAAGCCUUUAACACAAUUGAGAAGUUCUAAGCAACGAAACAUAGUGAAAAAAGGAAUGGAAUUGCUGUGCCCAAAGACUAAAGAAAUGCGUAAUAAGAACAAUAUUUGUCUCUUUAACAUCGGAAUUGCUGUCUCUGAAUAGAGAAACAAAGACAACUUCGACCAAAAUAAAAAUUGUCGCAAAACCUUCCCCUUAUAUUUCCUGCGUUGACCUUGUCUCCAAAUGAUUUAGUCUCACAAGCCUUAAAAUUUAUACCAACAAUACAAAUUCCAGGUUGAAUUCUACUCUCUAAACAUUGAGUCUAAGGCUUAAUAGGUUAACUAACCAUCGACAUUAACACGAAACGUCACAGCAGAUGGCUGUUUUAACAGAAGCUAAUAAACGCAGAGAGUAAUUAAUGUACAUAUCCAUCGAACGAAAACUUCAUGUAAAUUUACUGGUAAGUUAAACCAUGGCUGAACAGUAGUGCACUCAAGCGGUGAAUUUUUUGUUACAGUCAAACCAGGUCAAGCGUUCCCGUCGCUAACAAACUAAUGAAUUCAUUAAUGGUAAAACGAUUUCGUUUGUUGAUUCUAUAAUCCAUUCAUAAAAUGAAUAAUCCAACAGUCAAAUUGUACCUCGAUUCAAUAAUCAAAUGUUGAUUUGGUUUAUGAACAAAAUCUACCUGUUCUUUAUUCUUGUCUGUUGUGUUCAAUCGUAUUUGCUUCCCUUUUCCUGCCGUUUACGAUUGCGUUUUUCAUUGCCUUUAAUCAAAAUAACAGCUAGAAUAGACAGACCGCAAACGCAAAGAAACUGACAAAGGCCGAGGAUCGAAAUCCACCAAUCACCGCACAUACACUGACCUCAGUUUGACUGUCGUGUUUUCUAAGAGGUCAGGCCUACGUCUGUUGCACUGAUUACUGGCAGAAAACUGGCGUACAUGUAACAGUUUGUUUGGGUUUGAACUUCAGAACUCGCCCGCCCUCGACUCUCAGAAAAAAAGAGGAAAAAACAAAAUUCUGAGGUCAACUUGUGGAAAGUGUAGUUUUUCAAAAAACAGUAAUCGAAUCAACAUUCGAUUAUGGAAUCGAGGCUAAAUUUGAAUAUUGGAUCGUUCAUUUUAUAAAUGGAUUAUUGAAUCAACAAACGAAAUCAUUUUUCCGUAAAUGAAUUCAUUAGUUCGUUAGCGACGGGAACGCUUGACCUGGUUUGACUGUAAAAUUUCCUCGCUACAGGAGAACUUCCUCCCUUGCUUUCUUUGUUUUAUACUUUGACAUUCUUCUUCCGAAAAGCGAUGAAAAUGUAGUCGCAGUAACUUGCAUUGUAGAAUAUGUUAUGACAACCGUGGCAUAUGUUCGUAUUUACAAAGUUGUAAAAUAUCAUAAGAAUCAGAUAAGUAGUCAAAACCAGCUCAAACCUGAGCAAACAAGAAAGGCGUUUCGGCAAAAGAGGUUCGCCCACUCACAAAAUGUGUUCAUGUAGGGAAGUUUCUGGAUAUAUAAUGUCCUAGUCUAUACACGGACACAAACACAAAAAAUCUUUGUACUGUGCUUGGUUGUAUUAAUCUAAAAGGUUUUUUUAUAAAAGGGAAAAAAGCAUUUUGACAUGCCAUAAGAGUUAACAAACGACCAGUGAGGCUCGCUGUGCAGUUGUCCAUCCAGACUUUUAUAUAGCGAGUUCAUAUUAGAGAUUUAUUAAAAGAAAAAAGAAGGAAGACGAAAACAACCCAAAAUAUUAGCUUCCAGUCCUUUCCAGAAACCUCACCGUCUGUUUGAAAACGCAAAAGCCUCGCUGGAGUCACCUUCAACUACGAAACAGGUGUUAAAUUUUUCAAACUGAAAGGUUGCGUCAGAUGGCUUGAAAGUUUAAAAAGAGAAUAGAAGUAAAAAAAUCCAUCACUACUUUAUUACGUUUCAAAGAUUUCCGGCUGGUCGGUUAAAUUGAGAGAAAAAACUCGCCAUUUCAACUUUUUAGAAUGAUUUUACCUUCUAUUGUUACACCAGCCGUUUUAGAUUACACAAGCACAUCUUUCCCAGCUUGAAACUACUCGCAUCUCAGUUAUAAACAAAGAGGUAAUUGGAACUUGCUGGAAACGAACCAUUUAUUUCAUAUUUUAAACGUUUUGUUUUUAUUACUUACGUUAAUAAACGACCUUACAACUCUGUACUCUACAAACAAUACAGACUGCGUUUAAGGCAUAUCAAACCCUCUACUUUAACAUCGAGCGUCAAAGUAGUCGGCUAUUUUGAAAACGGAACUGAGAAGGGGUGACAAACGCUGAAAAAAAAAAGGGCUUCUUAAAUAACCAGCAAGAUAAAAAAUGGCUGAACAGUACUGCAAUCGAACGUUGAAAGGUCUUCCACAACUCGCCCGUUACCGAAGAACUAUCUUCUUUUCUUUUUGUGUUUCACACUUUGCGUUUUCUCUCGUGACAAGUUUUGGAAAUAUUUUAGUAAUUCGCGCCUUAUUUACAGCUUUAUCAACACCAGCCAACAUCGAGAAGCUGUUCCUUAGUCUGGCUUUCUCUGAUCUCGCGGUAGGAUUGGUGUCGCAGCUAAUGACAGGCAUUAUCUGUGCUGAGAUACUGAAGAUAGUAUCAGAAGGAGACUACAACUUAACGUCACUCUGUCCAACAGUUUUAAAUUUAUACUACUAUGUUUUUUUUCUCUGCGCCGCAUCGUUUCUAACUGUCACUGCUAUUGCAUUCGAUAGACUUCUCGCCAUUUCUCCCCACCUGCGAUAUCAGAAGCGUGUCACCUCUAUGCGUGUAACUAUGGUAUUCGGAUAUCUUUAUGGUUAACAAGUUGUAUCACUGCCUUCAUAUACGUUCUCCUUCCGAAAAGGAAUGAAAUGUUAGCUGCCGUUAUUUCACUGAUAGGAUAUGUUCUGACGACCGUGAUAUAUGUUCGUAUUUACAAAGUUGUCAAAUAUCAUUUCAAUCAGAUAUACGGUCAAAAUCAGCUUUACAAUGCACAAACAAGGGAGGCACUAAGACAAAGGAAUUCCACAUAUAAUGCUUUAUUUCUCUGUUGUUCUCCUAGCUUGUUGUCUUCCUUUUUUGGCUUUCUGUAAUGCUGUACUUGACAAAUACCUCUGAAAUUUCGUUUCUUGUAGCCAAAUGUGCGUCGUUAUUCUUAAUUUGCCUGAGUCCAUCAUUAAAUCCAAUUGUUUAUUGCUGGCGGUACCGAGAGAUUCGCCAAAUUGUAAAAAGCACAAUGAAGAAAAUACUUCGCAUGGACGAAAAUAUGACGUGAGGAUGCGAAGUUCUAGAAGACGAAAUUUGGAGAGAAAGAGCAAUUCGAGAAGGAACCUGGGACGAGUUAACUUUCGCAAAGACGUCUGGGAAUCUUACUAGGAACAAAGGAAAAAGAGCCAAUUAUAAAUAGGGAGCUUAAGCAAAGACGCUUUUGUGCGACGAACGUCAACCGGAAGUGAGGUCUUCUCCCUUUUUAUAUGCCUUGAUAGCUGAUCGGCGCGUCCCCACUUGAGUAGCAAGCCCAGAAACAACUGCGGUAAACAUUUCGGUACUAGUCCCUAACCGUUUCUGGAGUGGCGAAUGAAUUUGCUGUGCCUCAAGACCAAAGAAAGGUGUAAAUGGGAGAAGAUUGGUCGCUGCUAUUGGAAUUAGUAACUCAAUAGAGAACCUGAAAACAGACACCUUUGAAGUAAAUUCCGUCUACAACUUCCACGAAAUGGAAUGGACUUGCAGCGCAAAAAGACCAAGAGACUGACGUAUAAAGAUGAAUAUCAGUUGAGCAUUUUAAACAUUGGGAUGCAAGGCGAUUUUUGUGAUAACUACCUACCUAAAUCGAAUUCUUCAAAACACGAUCUGGUCUCUCCGAAUUGCGAAAAAAGGAGACACCUUUAGGGCACCUACUUAAUGAAACUCAUCGUCAACUAACUUCUUAAAGACAAAAACUUAAGAGGUGUUAUCCCUUUUUAUGGGAAAAAACUGUGUUUGCUAUGGCGCAAGAACCUUACCGCUUACAGGCGUGAUUGUACCGAUUCUUGCAAAGAAUAAGUAACAAUGUGACAAAAUGGCCAUUUUUCAAGCUCUAAUCGAUUUCCAUCCGAGCAAUCGACAACCAAAGUAGUAGCUUAAAACUGUAUGCAGGUCUCCAUUAAAAAAGUGACGUCUCUCUUCCGCUUGGCCGUGGGAGAUCUGGGAACGAGAUAAGACUGGUCCUACAGCUUGUCGUAAGCGACACGCGUGAAAAACGCAGUGCGCAUGCGUGCCUUCCCUGCUUCCGGCGCGAAUUUGCAAGUGCCUCCCCCAAUCGAAAUUAUACGCGAUACCAAAACAAACUAGAUUGCGGCCGCGAAAUUCAAAAAAGUAAGCUCCACACACAAAAGAUAAACUUAGAAUUUCACGAACACAAAGUUUAUUAAUUGCUUUAGUUUCUCUCUUUUGCACCACAUACUUUCCUCCUUGCACCAAAGGCGAAAAUCAUGUUUGAAAGUCCACGCUCGCUCUGGCAGCACUUCGCCGUAGCCAUUGUUGCUGUUUUGGUCAUCAUGUCGCUGAGCUCGGUCAAUGCGAACAACGAAAACGACCAAUGCAUGCUAAGUGGAAAAACAAGGACGGAAAAACCUUGUACUGGACGACUUUACCAGUUAGUUCAGUUAGUUUAAGUAAUUUUUUGUUGUGCUUAAUACUAGAACCGGCUGCAAACCAUUAAACAUAUCAAACAUUCCUAAGUGUUUUUCAAUUUAAAUGGGGAAGAUUUUGCAAAUUUUAAUUAUUGAAAAUAGAGACCUUGCGCAUGCGCAGACGUUUUGCACGCGUGUCGUCGUAAGCCUACAGCGAAAGUUGCAAUACGCGGUACGGAAAAAGAUGGAGCCACGCACUGAACUCUGGGUAGAUCGACAAAAAUCAUGUAAACAAACCAAGUCGACGCGAUCAAGUUACAUCUCUCGGAAGACUUGCUAGAAGAAACUCCAGAGAAACUGUCUGGAAAAAAUCAGUUUACACCAGAACAAUAAACAAUAAAGCUGUCAUGUUGAACAAUAAGAAAGUACUUAUAGAUUUCUCGGACUGACUUCAGGGGCUUUAGACGAGGUUAUCUUGCCUAUUCUCAAUGAAAACACUGAGACUAACAAAUAUACUGAAAUAAUUUCUUUAAAUAAUGUGAGAAAUAAAAUAGCACUGACAUUAAACAACCAAUCUAGGGAGAACAAAUGAGUCAAAGAAGUUCUCCAACUCAUGGAUACUGGCAGAAACCCAUUCUCUGCUCAGAGUUAUUCUUUCAAUGAACGAAUCACUCUGGGUUGCAACCACAAAGUCGCACCAGUGAUAAAUGUCUCUCCAUGCCUACAAAUAACUGUAGUUGGGACUAGUGGUGAUUAAUAUGUGUUUUUGCUUGAGUUUCAAUCAUGUCUUGUUGGAAUUAGCAUAUUCUAAACAUAAAUUACCACUUGAGUUUAAAGCAUCGAAAAAGGUCGUCGCUAGUAGUCGCUCCUCGGCGUUUACAUUUUCUUUUCGUUUUUCUUCUUGGAUUUUUCCAUUUGGAUCCUUCAGCAGAAGCUCAUCCCAUCCAUAUUGGAUGUACGAGUUGAUUCUUUCAGACAAAAAAAAUACCACAUCAAAACCAGUCUGACAAUUUCCUGCCAAAAUUAUAAAAGCGGUUCUUUCAGCAGGCAACAGCCAACAUGUCAAUUAUGGACAGAAACGUAAUUGGGACUUGAUGGAAAAGGACCAUAUAUUGCAGAGUUUAAUUGUUUUGUUUUUAAUACUUACAGCUGUAAGUCGGAAAACCUUUCCCUUGUUUUCUGGGUUGGCCUUGUUUUAUGCAAUUUGAUUCGAAGUUUCAACCAUUAAAAUUCUUACCAACAAUAACACUCAAUUUUUGUUUGCACUCCACAUAUAAACAUUGAGUCUAAGGCUUUAGAUAACUAAAAAGCUAUAUUAUAUGGGCCACAGUUGUGUCACAGCAGAUGGCUGAUGUGAAAGGUACAUUAUAGUUAAUAAACCGAAGGGGUAAUUAAUGUAGAUAUUUAAUUCAAAGGAAAAAUUCACGUAUAUAAUCAGGCAAGUUAAACUAUGGCUGAACAGUACUGCACUCGAAUGCUGGAUUUUUCCCACAAACUUGUUCUCCACAGGAGAGGUUUCGUUCUUGGUUUCUGUGUUUUAAACGUUGUAUUUUCUCUCGUGGCGACUCUAGGAAAUCUUUUAGUCAUCCGUGCCAUAAUGAAGGCCUCAACCAUACCAGUGAACGUCAAGAAGAUGUUCUUAAGUCUGGCUUUCUCUGAUCUUGCAGUGGGUUUGUUGUCGCAACUAAUGUACGCUAUUAUCCAUGCGGUGAUACUGAAGAUGGUAUCGAGUGGAGAAAACUUAGCCUCCUUCUGUCCAACAGUUUUAAGCGUGCUUUAUUACUUUUCGAGUCUGCUCGCCACUGCAUCUUUCCUGAAUGUUAUUGUCAUCGCAGUUGACAGACUUCUCGCUGUUUCGCUCCAUUUGCGAUAUCGGGAGCUCAUCACGCCCAAACGUGUUACUAAAGUACUGUUGUUCCUAUGGUUAACAAGUUGUAUCAUCGCCUCUAUGUUAAUUUUCCUUCCAAAAGGCAAUGAAAAGGUAGCUGUGGCUAUUUUACUGGUAGGAUAUGUUUUGACAACUGUAGCAUAUGUUCGUAUUUACAAAGUUGUCAAAUAUCAUCAGAAUCAGAUUUACACUCAAAAUCAGCUUCAAAACGCCCAAACAAGGGAAGCACUCCAACAAAGGAAGUCCGCCUAUAAUGCUUUCUUUGCCUAUCGUGUUUUUCUAGCCUGUUAUUUUCCUGCGAUACCUUCUACAAUAUUGUAUUUGACAAACACUUCUGACAUUUCGUUUCUCGAAGCUCAAUUCGCGUCCACAUUCUUGGUUUUUCUGAAUUCAUCAUUAAAUCCUCUUGUUUAUUGCUGGCGGUAUCAAGAGAUUCGCCAAAUUGUAAAAAGGACAAUAAAGCAAAUAUUUCACAUGAACGAGAACAUGACAUAA